AUGGAAGUAAAUGAUAAUUCAAUAAUACUUCAAAAUAGCAGCAGCAAUAUAACAGUAGCUGAUUCUGUAUGGAAAUUUAUCAACAGUCCCAUUAUUGCGAUCUUCUCCGAUUUAAAAAAUGCAACUGCAGAGCAAAUGCUUCGAUCCCUUUUAGAGUCAAUAUUGAAGGGCUCUGCUACGUUGACUACAGUUUUGGUUCCACCGUAUACUAAUGGAAUGCAAAAUGAAGCAUUACAAAGUCAAUAUGCUGCAUUUACCACAUGGUUGUUUGGUGCAAUGUUUUACAUAGUCGGAGAGCCUCUGAGCAAUAAAAUUCUACUAAACAGUAUAGAAAUUCAAGCUUGUAUGCUCAGGAUAUUAUCCAGACAUCAUGUCUCAACAUUCGAAACUAUCACCACAGAGUAUAUGAAUAUUCUACAAGAAUUAUGCGAAUUUUAUAAAGCUAAUGGAGAUGGAGAUGAGAUUGUAUUAGCUAAGUUCAAUAUAGAGCGAGAUAUCAUUGAGAAUUUAGAUCUACAAGCAUUCCCUGUCACAAUCAAGUAUUCCGAUAUACCGCUAGUACAAAACUCGAUACUAAAAAUCAUUGAAAAAACUGGAGUUUCAGUUUGGAAUGAGAAAGUACUUCCGGAGACAGUGUUGAAAGUGCUGAUCGUAUCUGAUCCAAAUGUAAAGUUUAUGGCGCUGAAUCUAUGUACGAAACUAAUGGAAUUUUCUUUAAUAAAUAAACAUGAACUAGAGAAUUUGAUUCUUUAUGUUAUCGAGUUUGUUAAAGUAAUUCCUACGUGGCUGAGUUCAAACGAAUUACCCAGAGAUCAGUUGGAUCAAUUUAUACAAACACUUGCUGAAUUUAUUCAAUCAUUGCCAGUGUUUUCAAACAGCGUUGAAUUAUGCUUUCAAAUCAUCCGUUUUAUAGUUCAUGAACUGAUUAAGCACAAUGAAAAUCUUGAUGCUACUGAAAAACUGAAAGAAAUCACGUGCAGUAAAAUUAGACAGUAUUUCAUCAGGGAACCAAGAGUUUGCACUCUCGCGGAGGCAAACACGUUUAUUUCGUAUUUCGAGUACUGUCCGGAUUUCAUUAUUAUUUUUAAUCACUGUGUUCUCGCUGAUAUUAAGCGCAAUUGUAGCACCAAUAAUUUAAUUAGCGGUGUUUGCGAAUCAUGGAAUGUAGCGAGAAAUGAACUGAUCGCCGCAGCACACUCGAGAAAAUUGGAGAAAUGUGUACAUAUAUUGAAAGGCUCGCGUAUUUUGCAAUCCUGGCUGAAAGAAUUAAAAUUGCCGAUGAAUUUAUACGCAACUGACUUGAACGAUAUUUUGAAAAUAUUUAUACAGAAUUUAAAUUCAGGAGAAUGCCAACAGGGAGAAAUUAUUUUUGGGUGCUUCAUUCAUAUGAUGGCACACAUCGAAUCGACUAAAGAUAUGCUUCAGAAACUUUUGACAUUACCAUUCACUGGACAAAUUGAAUUGCCUGUGACAGUGAUUAAUGAUCACGUGAAAAAGGCUGCAGAGUCUUUAGAUAGUGCAGUGAUGUUAAAUUGUCUGGAAGUUCUUUGCGAAUUUGGUAAUGGAAUGGAAGGAUUGAAAAUAUUAAAUACUUGCGUUAAUAAUGGUACAACCGAAUUGGCAGUUGGAGCAGUGCAGAAUAGUGUGUUACUCGUGAAGAACAGAGAAAUAAAAUUCGAAGAUAUUUCGAGAUACGUUCUUCAGCCUGCAUUGCAGUCGAAAGACGAAAAAGUCCAGAAAAUGCUUGUAACUGUUUUGGGUAAAAUAAGUUGUUAUCUCUCUGGACAUGCAAACUUUAUGAGAGAAUCGGACAACACGAAAUGGAAAAUACAAUGCAAAUGUUGUACAGACAGCAUUGAAAAUAAUGUAGAUCCUAACGCUUAUCAUGUGUCAGAUGAAUAUGACAAUCUCCUCAGUUCAUAUUUUAGUUUAUUAUCUUCGAACUUCGUUUCGGUGCGUUUAUGCAUUUCUGAAAAUAUUCUAUGCUUUUCAAAUCACAUAAAGUCAUUCAAUGAAAAUGAAAUAGCAAAGGUGUGGUCUUCGUACAUGGAAGAUGAGAACUCCGUUAUUCGUUCAAAUAUUGCUACGGCAAUAAAAGGAAUAUUAAAUAAUAAAAUAAAUAUAACGAAGGGGUCUGCAACAUCCAUAGAACACGACGUGCCAGCUGCAUUACAUGAAUUUAUUGAUUUAAUAAUUAAUACUAUGGCAAGUGCACUGACGAAGGCUCUGAAAACAUCGAAUCAUUCUCUUCAUGAAACUUUACUGGUCACUGCAAGAAAUUGUGCAAGUAUACCAUUGUGUAUUACCGAGAGACGAAUUUUAAAUAUAUUUCUCAUCUCUAUAUUAUAUUCCACGUCAUCUUCAGCAGCAGUAGCAUUUGCUACAACCGCUUACAAUGAUUUUGCGAAAUUAUUGAACGUUUCGAACAAAGUAUUAUACGUCAGGUAUAAAAAAGAUUUUCUUAAGCUGAUAAUGCAAUGCGCGGUCCACAAUUUCCUGAAUUAUUCCUACAACAUGGCAACGUCUAUACACCGUGUUGCAAAAUGUAUUGGAUACGAGGGCUCGCGUCAAUUGUUGCGCAAAGACGGUCAUUAUGCAGUCUGCUUUUUACUUUCCUUCAUUGUCGACGUGCCAAAUGCAAAAGCUCUUCUACGUGAUAUAGCCGAGUUAAUCAGUAUGGACGAAAAGCAUAUGCUAAAGGAAUAUUUUCCUUAUAUUUGCAGUUAUGCUUUCUUAAACAUGCCUCUUGCAGCUGCUGCGGAAUGUUUAAGAUUAGUGUCAAGACAUACGCAGAUGAAUUUAUCUAUACUAACAAGACAAUCAUUUAUGGGUAUAUUCGAAGAACUUAUGUUGAAUUUCCAUGAAUCACCUGAGAAGGUGAUUGGAUUAUUAAAAAUUGUAUCUGAUUACGACAAUAGUUCGGAGAAAAAUUAUAUUACACAAAAAGGAAUUGAAUCUUACUUAAACUUACGUUUGCACGGUAUACUGGUAAAUUUUGACAUAAAACUCGGCUCGAAAUCAGACGAGCAUACACAACAGUCGGCACUUGCAUCGCUGGCUGCGUUAAUGAGAUACAUGGGUGCAGAAUAUUUGACACCGUUAAGAUAUAAAAUUCUAGCUACAUUGAGAACUUCCCUUGGAUUUAAGAGAUCUGGAUUCGGACCACUUAUAUGCGAUGCGUGGAAUGCAUUCAUUCACAACAUAGCUGUCAAGGAGCUUGGUCCAUUACUGCCAACUAUAUGCGUAUCGUUGGUGUCAUUAUUAAAAAUGUAUCCUGAGAAAAUAAUUGCGAUGCUAAAGUUCCUCAUUAUUGAGUGUAAUGAAGAAAAUUCCAAUCACAUUGCAGAAUUGUUCUUCAUAGAUCACAUAAAUGUUCCUGAUGAAAUUUCAAGUAUAAUCAAAGCACGUGUCUUACAAGCCAGACCCAAAGGUUUCGAGGCAAAUUUGAAAUUAUGGCUGAAACGAAUCACACAUGAAACAGACGAGGUCAGGACUAGAGCUUUGAUGUACCUGCAGACAUUCCUGGUGGAGCAUCGUAGUCAGUUGAAUGAAAUGAUUCUGAGCGAAACAGAUAUUCACCCACUGAUAGUUGAGUUAUUAGAUACAUUGUUAACUGGAUGCCAACAUAAAGAUGAGAACGUCCGUUUAUUAUAUGGAGAAUGUUUAGGGGAAUUGGGCGCUAUUGAACCAAGUCUUUUACCACGCAGAAUUUUAUCCAGAGAUGACAGUAAAUUUAUUCCUGAUACGAAUGAAGAAUUUGCUUGCGCCAUGCUCUUUGAACACGUACGCGCUUUUCAAAUGCAAAAGAGUAGUCAAAGUAUGGAUUGUUUUUCGCUUGCCAUUCAAGAAACUUUGAAAGCAUACGAGAUUACACCUCAAGGUAGAAAUUACAAACUAUGGAACAGUUUGCCUUUGACUACGAGGCAGAUCAUUUCUCCUUUCUUAACGUCACAUUACAAGAUAGCAGCAGUGAGUGACGACAAAAUGUUUCCUCAUCCUAUUUAUGGAUCGGAAGCCGGUUCUUCAGUUGAAAAUUGGGCUUAUAAUUGGCUCUGCAGUAUGUUUAACAAUAUCCACGAUGAAAGGCUUAAUAGUGUGUUACGCGCAUGUAAAUUAGCCUUGAAGCGAGACAUAAAAAUAUUGACAUUUUGUCUGCCUCAUGUUGUGGCGUAUAUAAUAACAAAUGGCUCGGAACAAGAACAUGUAAAAAUAAGGGAGGAAAUGCUGACAAUAAUUGACGUCAGGAAGAAACCUACGCUCGAUUCUGAAUUGUCCCGUCAUCGGCCACUCAGGCAUGGACAUAGUGUGAAAGUGGACGACACAAGAAUAUCCGAGGAAACCAGACGCACGCGUUGUGCACAGAUCGUAUUUUCAGUAUUAGAUCAUUUACAAAGGUGGCUAUGGGAGCAACGGCUGAAUCGUAAUCAUAAAUACAAAGCAGUGGAAAAUUUCUGUGAAAAAUUAAACACACUAAUAGUGGCUGAAGGCUGCUAUCAGUCCAGAGAAUAUCAUAGAGCUUUGAUGUAUUUGGAGCAGCACAUGGCAUUCUCCAAUAAAGGAUUAUCAGAAGCAUUGGAGGGUGGACUACUGGCUAAAAUAUAUGCCCAAUUGGAUGAACCGGAUGGUAUCUCUGGUAUAUUAGCCUCUCAGGAUCAUACGCCUACGGUCCAACAAUUAGUGCUGGCUCAUGAAAUUAACGGACAGCUUCAGGAUGCUGCUACAUGUUAUGAAAGAUUGGCGCAGAAGAAAACAUUGAAACAUACGUAUCUACAAGGCAUGAUACAAUGUUACCUUGGUCUGGAUCAGCCGUUUACAGCAAAACAUAUUACUGAAGGAGUUUUGAGCAGCAGACCAGAGUUGGAGCCACUAAUGAUCGAACACGAGCCUUUCUGGAGACUGGCUCAUUUUACAAGGCUGGAUGAUACGUCGCAGAAAAAUAUAAAGCAUUCCUUACUCGAAGAUCUGAAAAAAGGCGUGAGACCAGAUUUAUUGUCGUUAAAAAAGAAUCUAGUGUCAUUGUUAGAAGAUGUUUCACGCCCAGGGGCUUAUCAACAAUGUUACUCCUACAUUAUGAAGCUGCAUAUAUUGAAUGAGUUCGAUAAAGCAGUGUCUACAAUGCUGACAGAUAUACACCAACUUCCAAUGAUACUUGAAGAAUGGGAAAAACGUGGUCAGCUUGUUAGAGCAUCGCGAGGAGUGGAAUUUGUAUUAAGCAUGCGGAGGGCUACUUUGGAUUUGGCAGUUCAUUUAGAGAAAGAGAUCAACAACAGAGAAAAUCCUGUCCUUAAGCAAGAAAUUGGAAAGAUUUGGCUUAAAAGCGCUAAGAUUGCGAGGAAGAGAGGAUUGCAUCAACAAGCUUACAUGUAUAUUUUGUCGGCGAGCGAUUCCUGUCCGUUACAACAGCUUUACAUAGAACAGGCUCAGCUGUAUUGGCAGAAGGGUUGCCAGGAAGAUGCUUUCACGACAUUAAAGCGAAGCUUUUCCAGCUGUUUCCAACCGGCUACGUAUUACAGAAGCUUGUCCUCGUCGGAAUGUGUUGAGGAAAGGAAACAGUGCGCAAAGGCAAAACUUCUGUAUGCAAAAUAUAACGAUGAAACAGUGAACGUGGAUACUGACGCUAAUAUCAUAAAUUAUAAAGAAGCUAUUGAAGUUUGGAGAGAAUGGGAGAAAAGUUUACUUUUCUGCGCUCAAUAUUACGAGUCUGUUAUAGAUAGGAUGACCGAUGAAGAAAAGGACAGAAGAGGACGGGAUUUACAAGUACAUGCUAUGAAUUUCUACGGGAAAUCACUUCAAUACGGUUGCAAAUAUAUUCACCAGUCUAUGCCGAAAAUGUUGACUAUAUGGUUGGAUUUUGCUUCUCGCGUGACAUCUCGAUCUAUCAGUUACGGAAGUUCAGAACUUGAGAAGUUUCGACGGGAUGCAUUACAAAAAAUGACGAAAAUUAUGGAAGUGUAUCAAGAAAGACUACCAAUUUUCAUGUGGCUGACUGCAUUCAGUCAACUUGUAUCCAGAAUUUGCCAUCCAUCGAUAGAAGUGCAAAAUACACUUUGCACGAUCUUGGUGAAACUAAUUCAUGCUUAUCCUCAACACUCCUUGUGGAUGAUGGCGUCUGUUAUUAAUUCUUCUUAUCCCGUACGUCAGAGACGUUGCCAAGAAAUUCUAAACAAUCCGAGAUUAAAGACGGGAGAAAUGCUGAAACUUAUUAAAGAUUUCCAUAAACUGUGGGAGAGACUGAUUGAAUUGUCCAACAAACCAAUACCGGAUGGUGUUAUGAACACUACUGUUAGCCAAUUAUCGCGAAAUCUUCCUCGUUUACUUUCAACCAAAGACUUCAGUCCGAUUAUGAUGCCAACAACGAAAUUUAAGCAACUUCAUCUACCUUCUAAGGGUGUAUCAUUGGACAAUUAUAAUCCAUUCUCAUCAAAUUGGGUUCACAUAUCUGGGAUUGAAGAAAGCGUAGCCGUCAUGCCAUCCCUCCAAAGGCCGCGACGCAUUGCGUUAAAGGGAUCGGACGGCAAGCAAUAUCUUUUUAUGUGUAAACCGAAAGACGAUUUACGAAGAGACUUCAGAUUGAUGGAGUUCAAUGAUAUUGUAAAUAAAUAUCUACAGAACGACCCAGAAUCUCGCCAAAGAAGACUAUACAUCCGAACAUAUCCCCCCCUUAAUCCAGCGCUGAAAUUAGUACCUUCCAGCAACAUGUUAUUCGAAAAUUUGUACAAAGAAAGAGGUAUCGCAGUUUCGAACAGAGAACUCAGAAGCAUGUUGUGCGCGUUGAAAGAUUCACUGGAAAAGAAGCGGAAGGUAUUUUUAGAGCAACUUCUGCCACGACAUCCAUCUGUUCUUGGAGAUUGGUUCCGCCUUACAUUCCCUGACCCCUAUGGAUGGUACGAAGCACGUACCGCAUACAUUAGAACAACAGCAGUAAUGUCCAUGGUGGGAUAUAUCCUUGGCCUUGGCGAUCGGCAUGGAGAGAAUAUACUGUAUGAUUCUAAAUGUGGCGACUGUGUGCACGUGGAUUUCAACUGUUUAUUUAACAGAGGCGAACUGUUUGACUGGCCAGAACGAGUACCAUUUCGUCUAACGCAUAAUAUGGUAGACGCUAUGGGGCCAUUGAAAAUCGAGGGACCGUUUAGACGCGCGUGUGAAACUACAAUGAGAGUUCUUCGACAGCAAUGCAGCACGUUACUAAGUGUGCUCACUCCGUUUGUCUACGAUCCACUUGUCAGCUGGAAUAAAAAUCAAACCGGCGAAAGUGGUGAGAAAACAAACGAAAAGGCUGUAGAACACAUAAAAAAUAUAGAACAGCGACUGAAAGGUCUGAUCCGAUCGCACGGAAAGAAAUUGGAAAACAUUGCUUUGAAUCUCAGCGUUGAGGGGCAAACGAAUCAUCUAAUCCUGGAAGCAACAAACAUAGAUAAUCUUUGCCAAAUGUAUUUCGGUUGGGGUGCGUAUAUGUAA